AUGGUACUGAUGCGAAAGAUACGACAAUGGCUCCCCCGACUCUUUUACGACCAUCCAAUGAGCCCUCCAUGUCGUCUGGUGCGUCUGGUGGCUGGUAUCAUCGGAGAUGACCUGGAGGUAGUGGAUGUAAAGGACUCUGGUAUUGACAUGAAGUCGACCGAUAUGUUGGAGAAAAUUCCUCAACAUACCAUUCCUGCACUGGAAGACAACGGUCUGUAUCUUGCUGAAAGCCGUGCCAUUGCCAUGUACCUCAUCUCAAAGUACGCGAAGGAUGACUCUCUCUACCCGAAGGAUGUCAACAAACGUGUUCUUGUCGAUCAGAGGCUGUUUUUUGAUCAAGAUUUGUACAACAGAAUUUUGAAUGUUCUCCGGCCAAAAUUUUAUAGCGAACGAACGGAUCCCAGCAGCAUCGAUAAAGUAAUUGACGGUCUGGAAACCCUAAGCAGAAUGCUCGAUGGCAAACAGUGGCUAGCUGGAGACAAGAUCACACUUGGUGAUUACGCUGUCGCUAAUUCUUUGUCGACAUUAGAGUUUGUUCCAGAAAGUGGAAUUGACCCUACGAAGCAGCCUGACAUCAAGGAGUGGCUUCCACGCGUUGAAAGUUCUCACCCAAACUACGGAGAACGCCUCAAAGAAUUACCUGAGGGCUUUAAGAAAAUGGCGCAGAAGUAA